AUUGACGCCAACGUCCUACUACUCCAUUCCCCUUAUCCACUUCAAAAAACACAGGAGAGAGAGAGAGAGCGCGAGCGAGCUUGCUCAACAAUGGCGUCCACUUCAAUCGCCUUAACCCUCACCUCCCCCUCAUCUUCCACUCCCCUUCUUCGCCCACCACUACCCACAAUCUCCUUCACCCGUACCAGCUUCAGAACUUUCCCCCACCACCACAUCAGGAUUACCCCAACCCGAUCAACCAAAGCCCAGGCCUUCGAUUUUUCCAGCACCUUCUUCGAACAAGGAUUCGGGGGAGGCGACGACGACGACAACGACGAAGACCCGACGAACACUAUCGGGUCGAUCCUCAUGGGCAUCGAUGACGAGGAAAAGGAGGAGCCCCAGUGCCCGCCGGGGCUCCGUCAGUACGAGACCAUGGCCGUCUUGAGACCCGACAUGUCCGAAGAAGACCGCCUCUCUCUUACCCAGAAGUACGAGGAGUUGCUUGUCGCCGGGGGUGGCAUGUACGUGGAUGUGUUCAAUAGAGGAGUUAUCCCUCUCGCCUACCCCAUCAAGAGGAAAAACAAAGACGGAGUGGUCAAUACAUACUUGGAUGGUAUCUACCUUCUCUUCACUUACUUCACCAAGCCCGAGUCCAUGCCAGUUCUCGAGGAAACACUGCAAACAGAUGAUAGUGUAAUUCGAUUCUCCAGUUUUAAAGUAAGAAAGAGAAAGUACUGAUGUGGGUACAUUUUUUGGUAAAUCAGUUGUGUUGCUGAGAGAGAAAGGAGGAUACAAAACUAAAAGCUUUUGAGCUCAUAGAGUUGUAGACCUCUUUCCCAUCUCCUUCUUGUUGUGGAUUUAUUUGUUUGUGUAGCAUAAUCAAUUUUCUGGUAUUAAGAAGACAUGCUUUCCCUGUU